CUCAAAAUGGAAGACCACAACCGACCCGUCACAGGCUACCCCGCCUCCAACCCUCCCAAUCCGCCGCCCUCCGGCACCGCUUACCCCUACGCCGCCGCACCUCCACCGAACCCCUACUACGGCUACCCAAACAAUCCCUACCACCAGCCCCGCCGCUCCAUCUUUCUCCGCCGCGUCCUGGCCUUCGCUAUCGGCCUGAUUGUCGUCCUCGCCGCCAUCACCUUAAUCGUCUGGCUUGUCCUGCGCCCCCAGGUCCCCCAAUUCCGGGUCGACUCGUUCACCCUCUCCAAUCUCACUGUCAGCGAUAACUCCUUGGUCUCCUUCACCUCCCAAGUCCGCCUCACGGCCCGAAACCCCAACCGGAGGCUGACCCUCGCGUACGAUCGCUUGGACGCCGCCGUCUAUUACAGGUCGUGGUCGCUCGCGGACACCGUUCUGCCGCCGUUCUCGCUGGGCACGAAGAGCGAAACUCAAUUGACUGGAAAUUUCUCGUCUGUGGGGAAUUUCGUCGAGCGGGUGGCGGCAGACGGGAUGAACAGAGAAAGGGGGAGUAGAGGGAGCGUAGGGCUCAAUUUGAGGGUGCUUUCUAGGGUUAGGUUCAGGACAAAUUCAUGGAGGACUAGGGUUAGGCUCCUGAGGGUGUUCUGCGGGGAUUUGGAGGUUGGGGCUCCAAGCAACGGGAGGCAGGGGACUUUGACCGGUGGUCCAAGGCGGUGCAGGGUGGUGGUUUGAAAGGAAAGGUUGGUUGGCUUCAUGGAUGAAAGUUUAUGUGAAGUUCAUAGCUCGUUGUUGUAUAUACACAUUAUUGGUUAAACUUUUGUUCAUGUGCAGUUCAGGUUUUGGUACAAAGAAAACAAAUCACAAAAGGGGGUCAGUAUCACACACACACACACACACACUAUAGUACUAUACACACUCAUCCCCCUUAUAAAGCAAAGCACCUCUAAUAGGAGAAUUAUUUACGUCCAAAUCCAUCUACUUCAUAAAAACCACAAGUAAAGAAAAAGAUAAUACAUAUGCUCCACAAUCAUCAGCCAGUUUUCUAACAUGCUUUCGUAUUAUACUGUUACAUUCUGAAACACAGGUCACUGUAGCUAGUUAACGAGUUAGUCAUAGCGGUUUUUCGCCCGCUCUCAACACGUCCGAACAAGACCAUGAAAUGUGUCAUUAGAGUCACUGGAAACUGUGGGAUGUAACAGGAAUUGAGGUGACUUGAUCAAACUGUUGUGCCAUUAGGCUUUCAGCUGUAGUUUUGCCAGUUUUUGUUGUUUGCUCCAACAGACGAACUAGCGAGAUGAAUAUUUCCAUUCUUGUGACGUCUCUGUUGGCCUGUUCCAAAAUAGAAAAGAAAAGAAAAGAUAAAUCAGUGCUUGGCAAAGAAAAAAACACUUCUGCUUUUGAAAAUGAAUGCUAAUAGUUGGAUUAAUUAUGAGAAAGUAUUUG